AUGCCGGACAACGACGAGCGAUCAGUGGAGAUUGGCGGCAUUGUCGGAAAAAGAUAUAAAGUGAGUGGCCUAGAAAUUGCACGACAAUCACAAUAGAGCAGGUAAUCUCGAAACUGGGAGAAGGCGGAAUGGGAAAAGUGUUCAAAGUGGAGGACGUCGAGGCGAAAGGCACGUUCUACGCGCUCAAAAUGGAGAAGAACAACGUGGAUUGGACGAAUGUGCUCAAAUUGGAAGUGCAGGUGACUUAGAAGCCCCCGGGCCGCGGCCUAACUUCCCAAACCCGCCAGGUUCUGUCCCAAUUGGCGUCGAAAUCACACGUGGCAAAGUGCAUCGCGAGUGGCAAACGAACAACGUUCCAGUACAUGGUGAUGACGUUGCUCGGCGAGAGUCUCGAGUCGAUUCUAGAGUAAGCUAGAUGAAGAUGGCUCUGGAAAAGAAACGCUCGGCCACGAUGCUUUCAGUAAACAUCAAUUUCUGAACGUCUCGAGUCAAAUGCGCGUCGGCAUCUGCAUUCUGUUCGGUAUCAAGCAAAUUCAUGAUGUGUUCAUCGGCCACGGCGAGCAUUUUUUUAAAAGACUUUUUUACAGAUUGGAUACCUGCAUCGGGAUCUGAAACCGGCCAAUGUGGCCCUCGGACAUGUCAGUAGAAUCAGGCCUUCCUUCAUCUAAUCAAUAAGUUUCCAGAAAGGCUCUGCCGACGAGCGCUUCUUUCUGAUCUUCGAUUUUGGUCUCGCGCGUCAGUACAUAACCGACGAGAAGAAAAUGAGACGGCCCCGCGCGAAGAUGUCAUUUCGUGGGACCGCCCGUUACUGCUCGAUCGCCAUGCACGACAACUACGAGCAAGGAAGGGUGGACGACCUGUGGGCCCUCGUCUACUUGCUCGCGGACAUCCGGGCUCGGCUGCCUUGGGACAAAGAGAGCGACGUGGAAAAGAUCGGAGACAUCAAGAAGACCGCUUCGGACGAGUUGCUCUUCUUGAAAAGUCCUCUUCAAAUGCUGGAAUUCGUGAGAAUCAUUCGGAACACUCACUUCUACGACCAUCCAGACUACGAGAAGCUGUUUAAACUGAUGGAAGACGUGAUGAAAAAGGCGGAGUACAAGUGGUCGGACCCGUAUCAUUGGGAGCCGGAGAAGAAGAAGAAGAAGGAGGCAAAGUCGCCGGGAAUGAUCGAGGGGUUGAUCACCUCGUUGAAGAGCACAAAAAAGAAAUGUUCGUUUGAGAGACGGAGCUGAAUUUGGGUGAAUAACCUAAUAAUUUCAGCUGGAACCGCUCUCACUCCAAAAGGAAUGUCUCCGACUGGAACCAUUGAGGAGCACUCCGAAGCGCCGUACUUCACUGCCGACGAUUUCAAGAGCAACCCGAUCGGGUUCUGA